CCACAGCUGAUCAAAUGUCAAGAAAAUGGAGUUUAGUUACGCAUUUUAGAAUUCAGAUUAGAAAAAAUACAAUAUGAAUCUGGAUAAUAUAAUUUUUAUAACCCGUCUGGGUUAGAAUGGAUAGUGCAACUCCAUUUCAACCUUGGACUGCUGACGAUAGUGCGAAAAAUGUUAAAACCGAAAAAGAACUAGAUGACGCGAAACUUCAUCGGGAAAAUGUCAAUCAUCCAAAACAUACGCAAACUGCGUCUUACGAUAAAGAAAGUGUCGCUUUUCCAACUAACGCUCCCGGAUCGUCGGCCACCGCAGGCCCUGGUGUCGAAACCGCUAGGACAACUGAGUCUAAAAUGGACUCUGCCAAAAUAGCUUCUAUGCAACAAAUUGUUGAGAAUACUCUCAGCCAAGAGGGUCGGCAACGUGUAGCACAGCUACUGGAGGCUGUGGAGGCUCUAAGUGGUGCUGAAAAAUUGUUGCUUUACCUUCGGCUGCCUACAGGUGUCCCUCCACACGAUCCUUUGAAACAACCCAUCAACCCAUUGGGUUCCAGGGCUGAACUUCAACAGACUGUAACUUGGAUACAGACACAUUUAGAAGUUGACCCUGAUGUCUCUUUGCCAAAACAAGAUGUCUAUGAUGAAUACAUUGCACAUUGUAUGAGCAGUAAUAUGAAGCCAUUAUCAACUGCUGACUUUGGCAAAGUUAUGAAACAAGUGUACCCAUCAGUUCGACCACGUCGCCUUGGUACACGUGGAAACUCUAGAUAUUGUUAUGCGGGUCUUCGUAAAAAGAUAAAAUUAGAAGUACCUCAACUUCCUGAUUUGGGUGAUUCUUCUAAGGAAAUAAAUGUUACAUUGAAAGAAACUGAAAGAAUAGUGUGUGAAUGGGCUGAAACUAAAUUAGGUAUUAAGUUUUCGAAUCUAACCGAGUUAUCACGACAUAUUGUAUCCGCUGGAGCGCAACACGCGGUGCCGGGCCCCGCUAGUAGCUCUCCGCCGCCGGCGCAGAUACAUGGAUCGUCAGAUGAAGCCGCCAGUCGGCAGUUAAUGAAACAAUUGAAAAGAAAAAUACAGACACACGGAACACCUGGACGACCGAAGAAAAAUAAGAGCCAAGAAACAACCGGUGAAUCGCCCCCGUCAACUUCAUAUAUGGGCCAUCAUCCAACAGUAAAGCAUGAAAGUGAGCUGCCGCCCGAGACGGGGUACGCGUAUCAGCCGGCGUACGUGCCUGUGUACGAGGGCCGAGGGCAGUUCACCUACUCGGGACACCCCCCGCCGCCGCGCGCCCACCCUCCACUGCCACACACGCCGCUAGUACCCCCCACACCCCACCAGUCACCUCACUCCACCAUACCUGUACAUGAUUAUAGGCAAGAUCCUUACGUCUUCGAUCCACCUUACGCACCUCGCGAUCUCACUGUGCCCACCGAACCGGUGCACAAUCUUCCCAUUAACUUGAGUACCGACUCCUCUCUCGACCUGUCGACGGAGCGUAUCGAUUGGCAACGUCGCCGGCCGCCAGAGCCGCCACCGGCCCGUCUCCCGCUCCCGGGCAAGAAACUCAUCUUGGAAACUUACCAAAGUGAGACUCAAGCGAGCUCACCGCGCUCUUCCCAAACAGACACACGUUCGCACCAGCCAUCUGAGGAAUUCCCGCGUACGGAGUAUCUGCCCAAGAAGAUGAGGGCCGCCGAAAUCAUGGGCGGUAAAUUAGCUGCCGCGCGGCUGGCUUCGGCCAGCUCCGACGCGGCCUCGACUUCUGUCGGUGUUAGUGCCGAGCACUCAGUUCGUCCCGAGGCUGCUUUUUUAGAGGAUCCAAAAAACUUAACGAGCCGGUCCAAAAGCACCGCCGCGGCGCUGGUCCGGGAGGAACAGGAGGCGGCGAGUCCCACACAGUCGGUGAAGGCUCCGACCCCUAAAUCCGAACGCACAAAACAAAAAAAUACCAACCGAACGAGGGGAUCCUCGCCGGAUCGGACGGACUCACCCGAGCAGCCAGCAACGCCCGAUUCAUGUUGUGGUCUAGGGAUCAAUAUCAAAACAGGCAUCAUUUGCAAAGAAAAGCAUUCUGAAAUUCUUAAUAGAGAACGGGUAAUUAGUAUCUGUAAUAUAGAUAAACACGAUUUAGACGAUUAUCUAAAUGAAGGCAAUAGCCAAGAACACGAAGAAGAAUUACUUCGUUAUUUUCAUCAGCGCGACGCUGAAGUGGAGGUUGAUCCGGGAACAAAUACAUCUGAAAAUGCAGUGGCUUUUUUAGAAACAGGCCAGGACCCACACGACGAACAUAGUCAGGGUAAAAAUGAGAAAAUUUCACAAUUAAGGGAAUUAUUGGCCAAAAAUUUAAAAAACCAAAGUGGGUCCGCUUCUCAGAACGUGCCUAUUCAGGAAACCGAACCACCAAAAGAAAAUUUACAAGACCAACAGUCAAAUAAAUCUGAUGGUGUAUUUAAGCCGCUUGUAUCUACCAGUGAAGGUGAAGUAGUAAAUGGACCUAUUCUAUCGCAUCAAACGAUGAAUGUCAGCAAACAUGGUAAUUCAAUAUCAACUGAGAAUGGAACAUCAUUACUAUAUGUGAAUGAUAAUACCCCUAAUCAAUUAAUGUCAAAUGUCGGGGGGUCGCAUAUAUAUAAUGGACAUUGUCAUAAUGAACCACAAAGUCCAACCACGAGAACACAACAGUAUAAGUUUGUGCCAAUAUCCGAUGGGUGUCAUUCUCCUAGACAUUUUAAUUCUAAAUCACCACUGGGGUUCGGGCAGAGGGGACACAGUCCCACUAAAGUAAAUAAACCUAUAAUGAUGGGAGGGUCCUUACAGACUUCACCAAUUUCACAUAGUACUGCAGCUAGCCCAUUUGUAAGUCCCAGAAAUACACCAGUACCCAGAUCACGUCUUUGUUCACGGCCAAUACCUAAACAUAACGGUCGAAAAAGACGCAAUCCAUUGUCUUUAGGUAUGGUAGAGCCAUCUUCUAAACAAUUUGUAAUGCCAAGUGAACAGAAAUUUAUGAGUAAAAUGCCACAAGACAUCACAAGACAAGUAUGCGUUCCAAACAAGUAUUGCCAACCAAUCUCAGCACCGCCGUCGCCUAAUAUUCUUUCCUCACAGUACAAAAACCAAUCAUUUGGCAUACCAAAUGGAAGUAGUAAUUUGAAUCUAAACUUUUUGCCAAAUGCCCCUUUUCGAGAUCAUAUGAAUGGAGAUCUUACACAGCCCUUAUCUGCUGAUCCCUUAUCAAGCGAAGUAAGCCAAUUUUUCCCGGAAACGCCAGUGUACAGACCUGGGUUGGAUGCAUCUUUCCGAUCGCAAUCUGUGCCAUUAAAACAGGGCAUGCACAAUAUGGGACUUCUAAGUUAUAACAAUACACCAGUUGGAUCCGUCCCACCUACGCCUGUCCCCAAUGAAUUUAGUGAUUUUGGAUCUCUUGCCGACACUUGUGACAUAUCUAAAGCUGGCCUAAAUCCAGAAACUCUUGAUAAAAUUUAUAAUGCUAUAGAUAGUAGUAAUGAUGUACUUAACGCUGGCGCUACUGAUACUCUUCUCAAUGCAAGUGAUAGUUUGAGAAAUGGUUGUGAUCCUUUGCCAGAACAACAAAUACUUUCAGAUGAACAACUAAGCUCGUUAAUACCAAGUGGCGAUGAAUUGCUCGAUAGAAACAGUCAAUUCAAUCAAGCUUUUCCCAGUGAUAGUACUGGGACAGAUCACGUAGACGAUUUCUUGAAGCGAGCUAAUAGUAUAGAAUUCGAUUUAUCGGAGUUAGAAGCCGACAAGAGUAAAUAUUACACGUCCCGAUCAGUGCCUAGCACGCCAUUACCUUAUAAACGCACGGUGCCCAAUUUGCAAAUAGACUCGCGUCGUUCUAGAGAAUUGUUUGCUACGGACAAUUAUUCCAAUAUAUCGUCAAACGGCAUGUCUUCAAAAUCUGUACCAUCCACUCCACAGCUUGCAGAGGAUAGAAGCGUAUUUAGUUACAGUAAUAGAGAUUACCUCAUUAAUGGUAAUUCUGUAUGUGGCUCUGCUCAAAUACAGGAUAUUGUGGUGGACAAUGACCAAGAGCUCAAUUCACCACCUUACGAUAUGUUGCAGGAAGAUAUUUUGGACCCCUUGACGCUGGCCGACCUCGACAACGUCGAUCUCUAGUCAGCCAUUCUAUUUAUUACUGUUUGUAAAUAUAGUAUAAUGUUAAUUUGUUUGUACAGAUACCAAAUAUUGGUUAUCUCUAUAGAGUACAAUGUUUAUUUGUAUGCCUUCAGUGAAGGCAAAUUCUAUUUGUGCAUACCUUAUUUAAAAUAAUGGCUUGCACACUCCCAAAAAUGAGUCAAUAUACAAUGCACCAUGGUAUUGUGAUAUAUAUAUGUAUUUAUUUAAAUAUAUCUAUAACUUCAAUCAAUCACUUGACAGUACAGAAACUAAAAUUAUAUAAAGCAGAGUAAUCGUGUCGACACAAUCGUAUGACGUAUAUAUUUUUUAUAUUUGACAUGUUUAGUAAAUAAUCUUAGUAUAUCUUUUUAUUAAAAUAAUAGUAUUUAACAUAGUUAAAAUAAAAAGAUAUACUUUCUAAAUUUUUUAAUGAUAAUUUCCGAAUUAUAAUAUGUCAAGCUCAGUUAUUAAAUAUGGCAAAUAUAAAAAGCAGAUUAUAAUGUGAUAAUGAUUUAUAACGGCUAUAUUGCAUGUCAAUUGUUAUUGGUCAAAAGGUCACCACAAAAGAAACUAAUUGAACGUGGUCGAAAUAAAAAUAAAAGUAUUUACGAGUAGGUAUCUAUUAUUUAAUUUUGACAACUAAAUGUCGACCGUUGUAGAAUCUAUGGUUCCUCGUUCGUAUUAUCUCCGAUGAUAUAACAACGAAUGAGGUGAUUGUCACCAAAAAAAUAAAUGGUAAAGUAAGUAAAUGGAGUAAAACUAGGAAAUUUAAUGAUUCAAAUAACACGUUAUCGUUCUAAUAAAUCAACAUUCCCAAUGGGCAUGGAAUGUGUAUGUAGAAUAUAGAUACUACGAUAGUAUCCAUUAUAAACUCAAUUAUAUCAGUGCACCAUUUUAUUGAAUCUGAACAGGAUACUGUAUAACAAUCUGUGGAUUCUAAUUUUUUUUUAUUCAAUCCUUUGCAGUUGAAAUAUCCUAUGCAUAAAAGUAUGUGUCGUGGGUGUUUAUACAGAAUUACUUAAUUUUAUCGAUUAUUAACCUGUCUAGAUAUUUGAAUUUUGUAAUUUGUAAUAGGUAGUUUGUACAACUGAGCAAUUUCUAUCUUAAAAGAUUAAAAAUUAUUGAAUUUGGAGAAUUUCAAAGUGCAUUUAAAUUUAGGAUUGAAUUUGCUAGUAAAUUUGAUUUUAAGAUAACAUGUAGAUGAAAGGCAUUCGGAACUGUCCUCAUGCGCAUAGGAUAAUCCAACAGCAAACAGUUUAUUCCUUUUUACAUACGUAAUUCAAUAUUCAAUUGGUUAAGAACUUUUCAUUUUAACCACAUUGCAUCACAUUUCCGAACGUCUAAUCAUGAACAUUGACAUGUUCAUUAAAAACAGCGGAAAAUGAUGUGUUUUAUUACUUCAUAUAUAUGUAAUAUGACUAGAAAAAAAUGUGCGUGCCUCAUGACUAUAUAAUAAGCUGAUAAUGGAAAACCAUAGAAAAAAACAUCGAAAUUUUUAUAUAUAUACAUAUAUAUAUAUAUGUAUACGUUGUAUGACACAACCCAUAGUUGAUGUUGAUGAUAUAGAAGAUGAAAUAUUCCACCAAUAUUUUCGUAACGAUGAUAGUGUAGUAGAUAUUGUAGUUAUUAUCCAGACCAAUGCAGCGUGCCAAGCGCGCUUAGUGAAUUAGAAUUGAUUUUCUUAAGAAAAAUAUUAUAAAUAGUAUAUAUUAUAGUUUAUAAAAAUGAAUUUAUUGUAAGUUAGCACAAAGAAUUAAUAUAUUUUAUUAUCACAUAGGAAUUUUACUAAUAUACAAAAUUUAAUUAAUAUGCAUCAAAUGCGAAGUGAAAUUUUAAAUUUGCCCUUAUGGCUGCAGUGAGCUUUAUAGGAGGAAUCCAAAACAUUGUUGUAUUAUGGAGGCCGGCUUAAAAUACCUAACCGUGAUAGUAAUCUAACAGCAAAAUAAGAUGAUAAUUAGAGAAAAAUUGUAACAAAACAUACUCCCAACAAUAUUGUCACAUUUCAAAAGCAAAUGAAACCCCCUAGUUGUUUGUAUGAUAUAGGAUUUUUGAGUUAACAACCUUCCUAUGUUAUGGUACUAUUAU